CGGCUGCUGCUGAUCCAUAGGUGACAGCGUUCCCUUCUCUUUUCCCGUCCUCUGGCUCAUUCCUGGUUCUUCAGCCACUCGGAGCCACUGCCAUCCCGGGGCUGCGAUAUGAAGAAGCCUAUCUGGAGUGGAAAGAGGCCGGAGCUGGCUUGCUCUUCCCCUCGGGAAGUGUGAAGAGGCAUUAGGGGGAGCAGGGGGGAGUGAUCCGCGGAGCAAAGGGAGGGCAGUCGGAGAUUUCCAGUGUGAUGCCCCUGUUUUCGUGCUGGAUCUUUAUCUCUUUGAAUUGGAUUCAACACAGUAGCAGCUGCCCUUAUUUUGUGUUUUAACUGGAAAUCAAGAGAGUCAUGAGGAGAUUUGUUUACUGCAAAGUGGCUUUAGCCACUUCCCUAAUGUGGGUUCUUGUCGAUGUCUUUUUACUCCAGUACUUUAGUGAAUGUAACAAAUGUGAUGACAAGAAAGAGAGGUACCUGCUGCCUGCAUUAAGGGCUGUUAUUUCAAGAAAUCAAGAAGGGCCAGGAGAGAUGGGGAAAGCAGUGCGGAUUCCUAAAGAUGACCAGGAGAAAAUGAAAGAGCUGUUCAAAAUCAACCAGUUUAACCUUAUGGCCAGUGAUUUGAUUGCACUUAACAGAAGUCUUCCAGAUGUCAGAUUAGAAGGAUGCAAGACAAAAGUCUACCCUGAUGAACUUCCAAAUACAAGUGUAGUCAUAGUGUUUCAUAAUGAAGCCUGGAGCACACUACUUAGAACUGUUUACAGUGUAAUCAAUCGGUCUCCCCAUAAUCUACUCUCUGAAAUCAUCUUGGUAGAUGAUGCAAGUGAAAGAGAUUUUCUCAAGAUGGCAUUAGAGAAUUAUGUGAAAAAUUUAGAAGUCCCAGUGAAAAUUAUUAGGAUGGAACAGCGUUCUGGAUUGAUACGUGCUCGUCUUCGAGGAGCAGCUGCUUCAAAGGGCCAAGUCAUAACUUUUCUAGAUGCACACUGUGAAUGUACAUUAGGCUGGUUAGAACCCUUACUGGCAAGAAUAAAGGAAAAUAGAAAAACUGUUGUCUGUCCCAUCAUUGAUUUGAUUAGCGAUGAUAACUUUGAAUACACAGCUGGUUCAGAUAUGACAUAUGGAGGUUUUAACUGGAAACUUAAUUUUCGCUGGUAUCCUGUUCCCCAAAGAGAGAUGGACAGAAGAAAAGGAGACAGAACUUUACCUGUCAGGACCCCUACUAUGGCUGGUGGCCUCUUUUCAAUUGACAGAAACUAUUUUGAAGAAAUAGGAACUUACGAUGCAGGAAUGGAUAUCUGGGGUGGAGAGAAUCUUGAAAUGUCUUUUAGGAUUUGGCAGUGUGGUGGAUCAUUAGAAAUUGUAACCUGUUCUCAUGUGGGUCAUGUAUUUCGCAAGGCAACUCCAUAUACUUUCCCAGGGGGCACUGGUCAUGUCAUCAAUAAGAAUAACAGAAGACUAGCAGAAGUCUGGAUGGAUGAAUUUAAAGAUUUCUUUUAUAUCAUAUCCCCAGGUGUUGUCAAAGUGGAUUAUGGAGAUGUAUCAGUCAGAAAAGCACUGAGAGAAAAUUUGAAGUGUAAACCCUUUUCUUGGUACCUAGAAAACAUUUACCCUGAUUCCCAGAUACCAAGACGGUAUUACUCACUUGGUGAGAUUAGAAAUGUUGAAACCAACCAGUGUUUAGACAACAUGGGCCGCAAAGAUAAUGAAAAAGUGGGCAUGUUCAACUGUCAUGGCAUGGGAGGAAAUCAGGUAUUUUCAUACACUGCUGAAAAGGAAAUACGUACUGAUGAUUUCUGCUUAGAUGUUUCUAGACUCAGUGGACCUGUUAUCAUGUUAAAAUGUCACCAUAUGAGAGGAAAUCAGCUCUGGGAAUAUGAUGCUGAGAAACUCACGUUGAAACACAUCAACAGCAAUCAGUGUCUUGAUGAGCCUUCAGAAGAUGACAAAAUGGUACCUACCAUGAAGGACUGUAAUGGAAGGCGAUCCCAACAGUGGCUUCUCCGGAACAUGACCUUGAAUGUCUGAGUCAGAUGAAUGUUGCUAUGUCUUUUUAAGUCCACUGACACUUUUAUUUAUAAUUUCAGUCAGUUGAAGGCAUCAUUCAUUUGGGGAAAUGAAAAUGUUAAAAGACAUUUAAUAUGACCAGAAAUGGGAUUGUAUGUUUGUUCCUCUGCUUUGGGCAGAUUUGCUAUAGUCCAGUAUGAAGUUUUUAUAUCUGUUCAAAGGAAGCACAGUUUAGAAGCUGUAAAGAUCAUAAAUGCUAUUAUAAAUACCACAGUGAGUUGAGGGGAAGGAAAAUAUAUCUAUAUAAAUAUAACCCUUUUGAGCUUUAUCUCAAAGGAUUUGUUUGGUCUUUUUUAUUUUUGGUUGUUCUUGUGAUAUUACAAAAUAAUGCUUGAAAAGGGACAUACUGUAAAAUGCCUUAUAAAAUAACUUUUUAGAGGAUUAUGUUCAUUAUUUUAUAAACUGCCCUAUAUCUAAUUGUUCCUCAUGGGAACAUGAAGUAACUACUAAUUGUCUCACAUUUUGUUUUAUUUUUAAAGACUCAGGAGAGUUUUAAAUUAAUAAGGUACCUGAGCAGUAAAUUCUCUAUAUAUGCUGAAUGUUUCACUUUCUAUCCCAGGAAAAGUAAGAAAUUAUAAAACAUUUAAAUACUGAAUUCUUGGUUUUAAUAAAUCAAAGUUAUUAUCAAAUUUUUAACAGCAAAAACUUUUAGCAUCAGAGGCUGAUGAUCCUGAGUCACAAGGAUCAUAGCAGGUAAGAAUGAAUUAUCCAAGUUCCAGUUGUUCUCAUCACUUCAAAGUUGAGUAAAACCCAAAAGAACCAGUCAGAGUUGAUAUCUAAAAUUUAGCUUUUGAUCACUGACUUUUUGGUCUAAAUGUAGGAACAUUGAAGCUAUCUGGUUAUUUUGCUCUAAGCUUCACAUACUGUGGUCUCCUAGUUGUGCAGCACAGAAACGCAGCAUGGUAGAUUGGAGGUUGAAUUCUAACUCUCAGUUUUGAAUUCUCUAACAUUUCACAGAGGUCACUUCUUUUUUUAAUGUGAUUUUCUAUAAAAGGAAAUAGAAGAGCAUCAAAAUCCCAUUGUCAUGUGCUUCUCACUGGUAAAUUCAUAAGAUCAUUCUAUUUUUAACAUGUUUCUAAAUAUUAUUCAUAAAGAAUUGAUUAUUGUUUGUAUUUUUGCUUAGCUCUAACAGUACAGGCAAAUCCCCUCAAUGCCUUAGUUAAUUCAAAUAAAGGCAAUUCACUAACCAGUUAUUUAGCAUUUGAAAUAUGAGGUACACUAUACUUACGGGCUUUUGAGAACACAAAGUCAAAAAUGAAACAUUAUUAUUCUUCAAGAAAUCUGCUCCACUGGGGUUAAUUUUUUUAAAUACCUUUUAACAACAACAACAAAAUUCACUUGGUUGCCAACCUUUGAGUAAUGAGCGUUUUGCAACCUAGCUGGGCUAGGCUAGAAGAGCAGCACAGAGAAUAUCAAAAUAGAGAAAAGAGUCACCUUCAUCUUGCAGUGAAGAAUCAGUGUAGGACAAUAGUAGAAGUCUAAAUAUCUUCAACUUGUACAUAUAUUUGGCAAAUUUUGAAGGAUGGAUCUGAAAACAUUGCUCAGUUCCCACGCUUUUGUUCUUUUGGAAGUCUAUAUGUAUAAAAUUACUCUGGCCAUUAGUAGAGCAGGACACAUGGGAAACUAAAGAAUUAUAUAGAAAAACUCAAAUUUCUCCUAGUAUAUUCAUGUAGCCUUUUACAUGUUUUACAUCUCUUAAGAUUCCUUUACCAGUGGGAGAUUUUCUGAGAGUGCUUCUUUCAUGAAAUUGAACAACGUAGACCAGCUUGAGACAAAUAGGUAGUAAAGAUAGGAAAGGAUGCAUUCAGUGCAAUACAAAAGAAGCAUAAGUUGUGUGUGGGGGUGGGGGUGGGGGGAGGGAGGGCUUUUUCAAGAAGCUCUUCCAUAAGCUUUUCAAUACUACUAUUGUCUUAGAUUCUUUACUUGGCACAUCACACAAAGAAAAGAAGGAUGCUAGCUUAGUCAAGGAUUGUCAUGACUAUCAAUGAUUUUGACAAACAUUAAUUUUUAUUUCAUACAACCAAGGGCAUAUGUCAUAAAUAGGGGAGGCAAUUAAUGCAAAUAUUGUAUCAAUUCUCUUUUUUACUCCCAGAAGCAUUUUUCACCAGGGGAAGAAUUUAAUCAAUUCUCAGUGACUAGAAACAUUAGAAGUAAUUUCUAGUAGCAUAACUGCCAACCAAAGGGAUCAGGAACUUUGCUUAUUGAAUUUUCCUCCUUCUCCUACCCUUAACUACCUGCUGUCUGACACUCCUCUUUCUAGGUUCUUUGGUCUGAACAUGCACAGGGCAUAGUGUCCCUGCAUAGCAUAAUUUUGUCUACAAUAGGUAAGGUAUAGAUCUAAAGACUUUUUUUUAACAGCCAGUUGUUCUUAUUAAUGCUUAUUGCACUAAAAUAUCAUAUAUAUAUUACCAAGAAAAUGGACCAUUGAUUGGAUUUUUAAUAUUAUUCUUGUAGCUUGGUAUUUGAUUUCCCCCCUCCCACUACUUUUCAUAUUCUACCACUGUGUUUUAAAUAUAUGAUAAAAUAUCUAUGGCCAAAUUGGGGGAGGGAUCAAAAUUGCAUUUUAACAUAUUAAAGAUUAAGAAAAAAUAAAUAAAUACUCUAAUUAGAGGAUUGACUUUAAAGUUUAAUUAACUGCUAUUCUUCAUUUGUUCAGAGAGAUAUAUGUAUGACUAAAAUAAGAAUAAGCAGGCAUUUUAGACAGGUACAUAAUGCUAUAUUUUUAAAUCAUAUAAUAUUAUUGAAUAACAGCAUAAAGCUAAAAAUAGACUACUUAGUGAAAUCUUACAUUUAGAAUCAAUAAUCGUGAUUGUUUUUCAAAGGGACCUAUUAAUUUAGGGACCUAUGCCUAAGGAAGUGGAAACCUGAAACAACAAAGAUGACACUGACAAUAUUUUUACAUUAUGCUAUCCUUCUGGAACAACUAAAGUCACAUUCUUUGAACUUAAAACAGCACAAAACUAAAUCAUGAUCAGCAAAUUAAAAAGAGUUCUAUAAACGUGUACCUCAUACAUUUAUUGUACAACAUUUUAAAACCAAAUUUCAGAGUAUUUUAUUUGGACUAGAUGUCCUUUGGUCUCAAAAAUAGAUAGUCCCUUUGCAAGGAACUUUAUAUAACAAAUCAGAAAGAAUUUCUGUCUUCAUGAUAAUGAAAUUUUCCUUUAAAAAUGAAAUGAAAUUUCAAAUGAGCAUCAUAUUUUUUUUUAAAAUCUCUGCUGCUACAUUAUAUCAAUAGAAACAUUUUUACUUUGGAGUUUGGGGCUUAUUGCCAAUCGAUAGCAUACCUAACAUUAAGCUUUUUUUUUUUUUUAAAUUUCUAAAAACAAGGUAAAUUUUCAAUCUCAAAUCACUUAUAAUUUGUUCUUUCUUAGGGAGAACCAGAACCAGAGACAUAGGAGAGGAAAUUCAGACAUCAUCUAGUCCAACACCUUCAUUUUACAGAUGAGAAAAUUUAUACCCAAAGAAUUCAUGACUUCCUCAUGUAAUAUAGGGUUGGUUAUAGAAUAGGAACCCAAAUGUUCUGACUCCUAGACUUCCACAUUGUGCCAUCUGACUUUACCAAGGAAUCCAAACCAAACUAGGGAAAAACAAAGGAUGACAGUUUUUUUUUUUUAGCAUGAUGCUCCAGAGAUAUUUAAAAUCUUACCAUCUAAAUUCAUAACUCUUUUAAAAAUCAUAAAACAGGCAAUGCCAUAUCCUUACACCUGAAAAAUGUUAUGAAUCUCUUUUUUAAAUGAUAGCUAGCCAAUUAAAUUUUGUUUAAAAAUUCCAGUUCUAUAAUAUAAACUAGGUCUUUUGAAAAUAUUUUCUGAUAAAGUAUAUUCUGGUCCACCACAACUAUUACCUUCUUCACUGAAAUCCAGGUGAAAAUUAACUGUGCUUACUUGCUUGCAACCAGAGAAGGAAAUUAUUUCUAUGGAUUGUCAUGGUAUUCAGCUCCCAUUAGCUUUUAAGAAAUCUAAAUGAUGGCUUCUCAAAGAUUGCUGUGUUUAUGGAGCUCUCACUACACUGACCAUGUUGAAUUAGACUCAUGGAAUAUUUGCCUUUUCAUUUUGUCUUGAUUUCUUGAUGCAGCAUAAAAAAAUAAAACCAAAAACCACCACCACAACAACAAAACUAGACCUGGUAAGGUAAGUGCAGAAGAAACAAGAAUACCAUAAUUAAAAGCAUUUGAUUGGAUUUGGUAGUAUACGAUUUUAAUACUGACAUGGACAAGUCAUUUUAUUUUCUCCAUUCUAGUCUCCCCACCUGGAAAUUAAGGGAAUUGAACUAGAUAACUUCAAAGGUUUCCUACAACUAUAAAUCUUUGGAGCAAUAUAUGUAUAUGGAUACAUAAACAUAUAUACACAUAUAUGCACACA